AUGGCAACUUCAAAGCGUUCUUGUCGCAAUGACAAGGCAAACUAUACAAAACGGCGGUUAUUUUCGAACUCCUAAUUCCUUCAACAUUUUAAAUGGAAGACUGUUGAACUAUUAGAUACAGAUAGUCUAGCUCUGUUUCAGAAAAGUAGAUGUCCAAAACAGUUACCUAGUCUAAAACGGGCGUGAAUAUAUCUACAGUCCCUUUGUAAAUUCAUUCCUUCACCGUGAGGAUUAUAAGGUAGGAAAGAUCAGAUAUUCACAAGAGGAAAAAUAAAAUUAAUUUUAAUUUAACUAGACCAAGUUUUGCCGCCUUAAUCUGCAGGUGUUGCAAAAUAAGGCGGCAAAACUUGUUCUAGAUAAACCAUUGUACUCUUCUGCAACCGAUGCUCUCAAUCAGCUCGGCUGGCUAAAUUUAAAACAACGCAGGCACUUCCAUCGCUGCUUGUAUGUUUAUAAAUGCGUGAAUGGAACUACAUCUAACAAAUUGGAAUUAUCUAGAAACAGCAAUGUACAUAGAUAGAACACUCGUUGCAAAGAUCAUCCUAGACUUCCAUCAGUUAAACGGAACUGAGGUAAACAAAGAACCUGUUAUCAUGCCUUGA